AAAUAUAUUGCGCUCACAUGCCCAAGCCUAUCUUUCGCCAUUCCACAGCCGGUCAAGGCCGAUAAACAGUACUAACCGAGACACCGUCAACACAGAGACAAGACACCCAGGGGAGAAAGAAACACCUCCAACACGCAGUCACAAAGGUUAAUCGUCGAGCUUCAGAAUUCACAAUCCUCGAGCACAGGAGAGGGAGAACACAGAACAGAGAACCAUGAAGAGCUUGCGCUUCCUGGCUGCGGAAGGGUUCGCCCAGAGUGGCCAGAGUGCCAGGGAGAACCUCGGCUGUGUGUCGUUCAACCUCUAUCCACUCCUCUUCAAGGCAUGCUAUCUGCACGAAAACGCCCUGCUCCUCCAUGACCUGGUCCAAACCUGGCCUCUGCAUGAGCUUAACAUGCAAAGGCUGCUGGGAAAGACAUCAGACUGCCAGGAAGACCUGACUUCCAGCACCUGCCGACUGUGUCUGGAAGCUCUGCUGACUGGCUUAAAGUCAUACGUGCUGCAGCCUCCGGGAACCUACGCCAAGACCCUCCGCGCGGUGGACCUGACCGGGCUCAAAGAUGUCGAGCACCACACCUGCGCCUGCGGAGCCACCCUGGGUCGCUGGGCCCGCACGCAGCUUCUCACACGCAUGUGCUACGAGGUCAUGGUGGCCAUCCAGGCGGGCGAGGCCACGCCCUCCGCCCUCGACACCAAAGUGGACGUGCGCCUGAACGGCUUCGUCACCGGGCGGAACUACGAGGUGGUGGCCCAGGCCUUCCUGCUGCUGCGCCACUGCCCCCUGAAGCUUCGCUUCAUCGGGUUCCGCGCUGACUCCCUGGCCCUGAGGCAGCUGUUCUACAUGCUCCGCGUGGCUCAGCCGGAGGCCAUGAGGAGACUGGAGGUGGUCCAUAACGUGCACCUGGAGGCCCCUCACCUGGAGAUGAUGCUGUCCCGAUUGGAGUUCCCCAACCUGCAGUCCCUGACCCUGCCUGCGGGCGCCAUGGACGUCCGGCGGCUGGGCUUGGACAACGACGAUCUGCUGGCCACCAUUGGGGACCUGCUGAGCCGACUAACCGAGCUGACAGAGCUCUACAUGGGCUUCUCCAACCUCACCGGGCAUCUGCGAAGGCUGCUGAGCCCCCUGAUCACCCCGCUGCGAUGCCUCGACCUGGCCAACUGCAACCUGAACCGCUCGGACAUGGUCUACCUGGCUAACAGCCUGCACAGCGAGAGCCUGGUCAGCCUGGACCUAAGCGGUCACGACGUGUGCGGCCUCUUCCCGACCACGUUCGUCAAGCUCCUCCAGCGCGGCGCCGCCACCCUACGCACCCUCACGCUGGAGGACUGCGCCCUGGAGGACGACCACAUGGCCGUCCUGACCCAGGCCCUGGCUCCCUGUCGCAGCCUGGAGGAGCUCAAGAUCCUGGGCAAUCCGCUGAGCGCCGCGGCCCUGCGCCGCCUCUUCUCCCUCCUGGCCGCCGGAUUCCCCGCUCUGAGGUACGUGGAGCUUCCGGUGCCGCGGGACUGCUACCCGCUGGACGUCACCUACCCUUUGGACGAGGAGGUGCUGCUGCGGUACGACCGGGAGAUGUUCCAGGCGGCCCGGGGCGAACUGACGGGGAUUCUCCAGGCGGCGGGUAGGGGGAGCGUCGAGGUGGUCACCCCUCUGCUGGGCGUUUACGACGCGGACAUCAACGAGACCUGCAACGAGCUAGGGGUUUCCAUGGUGAAAUCCUUCAACAGUGUCAUUGGAAAUUUUAUUGAUACCGUUACCGCCCUGGACAACAGAAGAUCCAACAAAGAGGUUAAUUAAAUCCCUGGUGGAUUGCCAGAGGGGAUAUGAGCUGUAGUACCCGCUUGAUAGAGCACGGCGAUGUGCAAUAGCCUAGGCUACAGGGGGUUCGACGUGCAGAUUAAACCUGCGCAAAUUAAACCCCGGCUUUGCAGCAUUUAGGCAGCAAUGGCCUUCUAAAAGAAAGCUGAAUGCAGAGUUCCCAGGCGAAUGUCACCAAUUUGCUAACUAGUUGGUCCUACCUGGUGGAUCACAUGGUGACGUAUUAUCACGAAUGCUACGUUUUGAACCGGGAUCGUACUUCUAACAGCAGUGAUUUAGAAGUAGGCCUACAUGUUUGAGCCUGGUCUUAGCAUGCAGAAGCACAGCUGAAUAGAAUUGUGCUUCCCCCACCUAUAGGCUUCAUUUAUUUGAAGCGGUCUGUGAGUGCUAAAAAUAUUUUCCAAUGGUAAAAUCAACUCAGACCCAUCUUGGGCACCUGUAGUAUAAUGUACCACUAACCUCUAAUUUAUGCUUUCACCUUUCAGAAUUGUGUCUAGGCACGGUGUGACUGUUGAGACACUGGGGAAACAUUGAUAUGGGCGGGAUUGAAAAAAAAAAUAAUCCCAGUUUUACUUCCCACAUAUCCAAAGACAUCGGUGCAAAUAAAGAGCAGGAAACGGAGAAAGGAGACAACUGUACUGAUUCAACAGUACUUUUCCGAUAUCCACUGCCCCAUUAUCGGGGCACUUUUUCUUUGCUAAGUGAAAAACUGGAUAGAUGACAGUAGUGAAUUGGCCUUUUGGUCGUCCAUCAGAUUUGCGGUAGUGGAUUGAUCAUGUGGUCAUCCAUCAGAUCAAAGCAAGUAGUGCUCAUAGUGGAGAAUGCUGCCUCUUGUACUACAUACCCAUGAACAUGCAUUGAGACACGCUGUUUAUUUACUGGUUUGGAUGUUUAUUCUAUCUUCAUGUAUAUUUUGACAUUGUGACAAGAGUAGAAGGAGUUUGUUUCCAACCUAAGUGGUAACUGUGGAUUUCAUAUGAUGUCACUGUAAAUAAAUAUUUAUAUGGGUACCUAA